GAGAGUGUGUUUCUUUUCUUCUGAUUCUGAGCUUUUUUUUGGUUUGCUUUGCUUGCGUGAACUCUCUCUCUCUCAUCCAAAUCUUUUGUUCAUCAUUGGACUUGGAAGCAGUCCAGAGUUUAUCUAUAGAUUCAUAAUUCUCCAUCUUUUUUUUCCGACUCUUUCUUCUUUCUCUUCUUCUUUAUAAACAUCAGCGAGUUUGGUUCCGACGACGAUUGUAAGUCGCUUCAUUUGCUCGAGGUUUUCAACUUGUUCGUCGUAGAUCUAGUUGAUUUAUACACCUUUAGAUCUGAAUCUUCAACUUCAGUGUCUAGUUUAUAGAGUUCACGAUCUUGUGUACUCAUUAUUCUUUGUUUAUCGAGCUCCGGAUUUUCAAAAUUGCUUUUUUUGAAUACGAAUCUAGCUUUCCCUCGCCUGAAUCGAAUUCAAAUCCACGAGUCUUCAAGUUCCGGUGAAGUUUUUAUAGAGCUUAGCUUCUCUGUUUUGUGAGCUUUUGAAUUCAAAUCCUGCUAGUGUGUGGAUCUCGCUGUACCACGAAGCUUCGCUGUUAGGGUUCAGCAAUCGAUAGAGGAGAUGAAUUAUUUCCCGGAUGAGGUCAUAGAGCACAUUUUUGACUCCAUAGCUUCUCACAGAGACAGGAAUUCGAUAUCUCUGGUUUGCAAAUCGUGGCACAAGAUCGAGAGGUGCAGCAGGAAGAAAGUGUUCAUCGGAAACUGCUACGCCAUCGACCCGGAGAGAUUAAUCGGGAGGUUUCCAUGUCUCAAAUCGCUAACCUUGAAAGGCAAGCCUCAUUUCGCCGACUUCAACUUGGUUCCUCACGAAUGGGGAGGUUUCGUGCACCCUUGGAUCGAUGCUUUGGCUAGGGCUCGUGUCGGGCUCGAGGAGCUUAGGUUGAAGCGGAUGGUCGUCUCUGACGAAAGCUUGGAGCUGCUUUCUCGUUCCUUUGCGAAUUUCAAGUCAUUGGUGCUUGUUAGCUGUGAAGGUUUUACCACUGAUGGCCUAGCCUCCAUUGCCGCCAAUUGCAGGCAUCUUCGUGAGCUGGACCUGCAAGAGAACGAAAUCGAUGAUCACAGAGGUCAAUGGCUCAACUGUUUUCCAGACAGCUGCAUCACUCUUACUUCGUUGAAUUUCGCCUGUCUUAAAGGAGAAACCAACCUGGCUGCUCUAGAGAGGCUCGUCGCAAGGUCACCGAACCUGAAGAGCUUGAAGGUUAACCGUGCAGUACCGCUCGAUGCGCUCACAAGGUUAAUGAGCUGUGCGCCGCAGCUAGUGGACUUGGGAGUUGGGUCUUAUGAGAAUGAGCCUGAUCCUGAAUCUUUUGCGAAACUCUCUGCUGCCAUAAAUAAAUGCACCUCGUUAAGGUGCUUGUCGGGCUUCUCAGAAGUUGCUCCACGCUGCCUCCCAGCGUUCUAUCCAAUUUGCCAAAACCUUAUCUCCUUGAAUCUCAGCUACGCAGCCGAAAUCCAAGGCAACCACCUCAUAAAAUUUAUUCAGUUUUGCAAGAGACUCCAACGGUUAUGGAUAUUGGAUAGUAUUGGCGACAAAGGACUUGAGGUCGUGGCUUCGGCUUGUAAAGAGUUACAAGAGCUGAGAGUUUUUCCCUCUGAUUUACACGGUGAAGAAGAUAACGACGCAGCUGUGACUGAAGUCGGACUAGUCGCAAUCUCUGCAGGUUGCCGUAAACUUCAUUCGAUUCUCUACUUCUGCAAACAAAUGACAAACGCAGCGCUCAUAACCGUGGCCAAGAACUGUCCAAACUUUAUCCGGUUCAGGCUAUGCAUCCUUGAGCCAAACAAACCUGACCACAUCACAUCUCAAUCACUAGACGAAGGCUUUGGUGCUAUCGUACAAGCUUGCAAGGGUCUGAGACGUCUCUCUGUCUCGGGUCUCUUAACCGACAAAGUCUUCCUCUACAUCGGUAUGUACGCGGAACAGCUCGAGAUGCUGUCGAUAGCUUUUGCAGGGGACACUGACCAGGGAAUGCUCUAUGUGCUGAAUGGAUGCAAAAAGCUGAGGAAGCUAGAGAUAAGAGACAGUCCGUUUGGGAACGCGGCGCUUCUUGCUGACGUGGAGAAGUACGAAACAAUGCGAUCCCUUUGGAUGUCGUCUUGUGAUGUAACGCUCGGUGGCUGCAAAAGGCUCGCGCGGGAUGCGCCAUGGCUCAACGUGGAGAUCAUCAACGAGAAUGAGAGUAAUGGGAUGGAGCAGAAUGAAGAAGAUGAGAGAGAGAAGGUUGAUAGACUUUACCUCUACCGAACAGUGGUUGGGACUAGAAAAGACGCACCGUCAUGUGUUACGAUUCUUUAGCCUCUCUACUGGUCAUGUUGGUUUUUGUUUUAGGCUUUUGAUGUACUUUAGGUGUAGUUUCUUUCAGACAAGAACCGAUUCUGUGAAGCUUCAUGUGUUUUAGACCUUUUUCGUUUUGGCGAUUCUUCUUACAUGCUAUACUCUGCUUA